CACAACACAUUACAUCACAAUGGGCACUAAAAUAUCGCAAUAUUAAUAAUAAAUCGUUCCACGAAACACCAUGGAGAGCGAUGUUGAUAUUAGCGGCUCCCGGACUCACGUCGUCCUGAUGUCACCAUUCCCAAAUGACCACGAUAGCUUGAAUUCAGGGAAGACAGGGCAGAAUGGCUCCGGUAUGGAAGGUCAAGGCUACUCGCCACGGAUGGACGCUUCGUGUCACCCUAAAAUAGGACUUACAACAGAAGACGUCAACCAAAGGAUCAUUAAGCUCUUAACGGAAUCGUUACAAAGGAAUGAAGAACAAGCCACCAUUCGAUCGUAUUUUGAGCCAUUACUCCGAAAAGACCUUUGUCUCGGAACAAUCUCCGUUCUCGGGAUCACCGCCAUCUAUCUAUCGACGGCGGAUAAUGAUAGAACCGCUUACAUCAUUUAUGUCGUGCUCAUCAUCGGUUGGCUCACCCUCAACGCGUUUGUGAAAAUAACAACGAAGCGGAUUCGUAACGCCAGGGUAACGGAGCGCGUAAAGGAUGUACUGAACUCAUUUCAUAAUGACAUCCAAGCUGCUGUCCAGGCUGAGCUUGAACAAAAGCGAUUUUCAUUUGAUCCGCCAAACUCAGUGCUCAUCCCAGUAUAUCGCAAUAGUGAAUGGAAGCGGCUACCAACAAAUGUAAUAGUAUCGGGUGAUGUAUUCAAAAUUAAACUGGGUGAAGUGUACCCCUGUGACUGCAGGGCCAUAAUCAGCUGCGACUCUGAUGGUAACCUGAAUCUGGGAGAUACCCUAAUCAAGUGCGGUGAUAUAUGCACUGAUAUUGGGGUACCCGAGCCCAAUGUCGAGCUUAUAGAUGCCUGCUACGUCGCACAGAGCGAUGCCAUGGUGCCGCAACUGGAGUCGUUCCUUAAAUCUAAGCGGUAUGGUAACCCAUUUAGCAACCAAAGUGGCGAGCGGAAUGUAUUCGAGCACAUUGACGGCACGAAUGGUAGUUACAAGAACUCUGUGUGGGACCUUAGUGACAGUACCUACUUCUCCAGGACACAUAUAACGCUCACCGAGAUGGUGGUCUACAUAUGCAUGAGCUUUAUAGUGGCGUUAUCACACCUACUGAGUAACGACUACAGCCAGUGGCGGAAAAGCGUGUUUCUAAUGUCGACCUUGUUCGUUUGCUUCGCGUUCCCAGGAUUCGAGCCACUUAUACAACUGGCUGAUAUUUGGGGUAACGUUAAACUACAGAGUCUAUUCAACUGGUAUAAUGAGAAAAGGCUUACUGUGGAUAUAUGCCCGCAACUGUCGAGCUCAAGCUCGACGUCACUUAAUCGUUACUCCAGGGCAGGUUCAGUGGACAGUGAUAUGGAUGCCAAUAAAAUACCGCUGGUCAACCAUCUCAAGGAGCUGCAUAAAGUAAUGAAACGUGGGCUGGAUAGCGCCGGGAGCCUGCUGAACGUGUUGUCAUCAGUAACACUACUAUGCUUCGUGGACGACGUAGGCUUGCUGAAGGAGGGGUGCUCCACCUUACAGGAGAUUGCCAUUAUAAAGGGCAAUGAUCAAGUGGUCUCCAUGCCAACACGCUCCGAGGACGAAUCGCCCAUGGACAAUGACAUGAAGAAUGAAUUUGAACGUUACAACACCGCGGGUGAUAGUGAUGACCAAUGUGAUGUGGAAAAAGUACCUGAAAUGCACCCUGACACAAAUACUGGAGACCACGAACAUCUAGUGAUACUAGAUAUAUACGCCGACUCAUCGCAAUUUGGUAAGCAGUAUGUGAGAUACGAUAAUGAAGACGAGCGUGGAUGCAUGCCCCAAUUGCUCCCACUGUCCUUUGCUAUGUCCAUUACCCAGUUCCCAAGGUACCAGCCGCCAUCGCUAUUUAAGCUGCCCCCGGAGUUAAUAUAUGCAUAUAUAGGCAUGAUGGCCAACGAGCAGUUCCAGGAUUUCACGGAUUGCCUGUGCACCCUAACGGGGUCCGUUGGUUUAAAGAGGUCCUUCAGCCGAAGGUUCAGGUUAAUGCGAUUCGUCAUGCUCGUUGACGAAUCGCACGAGCCCGAUGGGAAGCUGCUGCUGUUCUUUAUGCGCGACCCUAGGAAACAGAUUGUCCAAAUGUUUGCCAAGGGUAAGCUCGAGAUGCUCCUCGAGCGUAACCUGAACUACCAUAACCACCAACAGGGUAAGAUACUGGGAGUCAACCGGAUAAUGAAGCGGAAGUUAAAGGAACUCAAUAUGCAAUGGGUAUCAUCCGGGAUGUCUUCAUUUGCAUAUGCCUAUAAGCCCAUCCAUCUGGAUGAAUUCAAUAUGCUAAUGGCCCACCUGGAUGCCACGACGGUGUUUAACAUUAAGCAGACCAAGGCCGAAGGCCGACGUAAGCGGAAGUACAUGUACCUCGAGCCCGCUACGCAAAUAUCUAUGCAGUAUGGUGGAGAGUGCAUAUACUCAUGGUUCAAGCAGCUGAAGAAACCAGAUCAGAAGGACACCAAGGUGGAACCUUGGGAAGCCGUGCCCCGAAGUGUGAAGAAACGCAUAAUCAAGGGUUGCGUGGGAGAUAUGGUGAGUGCGUGCCUGAAGAAUACUAUAUUCCUUGGGGUAUCUGCCAGCAAGCGCAUAUACCCCAAGGAAGUACCAAGUAGGAUACAGUCAUUCCACGAAGCGGGUGUACGAUUUGUCUAUUUCAGCAAGGACGAUGAGCGCAGGACCAGGGUAAUGGGCGGGCAGUUAGGACUAGAAACCAGUUGGAACUCAAUGAUUAGCCUGGAGGACUCCGAGCGCAUGACCUAUAUCAACCAGGAAGGUAACGUAGUGCUCCCUAGUGGCAUAGAGAACAUUAAGAGGCAUAUCGAGGAAGUAGAUGACAUACCGCUUCAGGUAUCGCUAUUCGCUAACUGUAACACUAAGAACACCGCCGAGAUGCUACGCAUACUACGGAAUAACGGUGAGACUAUAAUGUGCAUCGGUGCUGGGCUUAAACCACCUAACUUCUGCGUCUUCACUGAAGCACACAGCUCAGUGUCAGUAGCCCAGGGAUACCAUCCAGUAUGCCGAUUCUGCCGUGGAAAACGCUGGAGCGGUGUGGCGUCAGCACACAUGUUCGAUGAGGCACUGCCUGAAAUGAAACUGUCUGCAGCACUGACCAGCCUGCCAUGCGACCUCCAGACAUCCUCGAUGUACAAGGUGGCGGACCCCUACUAUGUAAUAGAGAUGCUCUAUGAAGUACUUAGAGUAGCACGGCACGUGUCAACGAAUAUACAGGAAUCUGCAGCGUUCCUCAAGCUUACAUGCCAUUCACUGGCGUGGCUGCUUUUCAUUCAGUCAUGCGUAGGAUUACCGGAAUUCCUGGCUACCACGGAUUUCGCCCUUGUGACGUUCAUAUAUGUCCCUGCAGUGGCAGUGGCACUGCUGUCUAACCCGUCGGAUGACAAUAUCAUGCAGAUGCUGCCAAAUAAAAUACAUAAGGACGAGCUGAAGGUCAAGGCUAAAAGCAUGUUCAGGGGCUACCCGAGGCUAUGUGUGGCAACCAGCUUAAGCGCAGUGUCCUACUUCGUUACAUUCACUUUUAUCAAAAAAGCCGUUGUUGACCUGUUGGGAAACAGUGGUAUAAAGCUGGAAGUCAAUGCAUGUAACAGGCCACUGGGCAUACCGAUGCACUCAUGCGUGGAUAGCCUCAAGAACUCUAUUACCCUAGCAAAGGAUGCAAUUGUAGAGGCUGGUAUAAAUAUCGAGCCAAAUACUGUCUCUGUACUAACACAGGGCCUCACUAGUGUAGUCCUAGUGUUCUACCUCAUAGUUGCCUCGAGCUCCUGGGUUAAUAAGUAUGGCGAUGGGUCCGCUGGAUGGUGGCAUAACAUCAACUGGAUAGUCACAUCAGUAGUGGUCCUAUUGACUCAAAUAGCAGUGACGAUACUGCGUUUUAACUUCUAUGGCAUAUCCAGAGACCUGGCAACGCAAAUAAUGCCGGUACAGGUCUUUCUAAUCAGCCCUGCAAUGGCAGUUGGAAUCGUAAUGCUAGACCAACUGAUAAAGCUAAACAUGAGACGUGAUAGAAAUAUCGAGCAAAAGUUCCUCAAGCUCCUGUUUACCACAAGACUUGGCAUGUGGAGCCCAAAGUAAUAUUGGUGAUGGAAUCUGUA